AUGGGCGACCAGCUCGUCGCAGAAGGCGACGUCCGCAAGGCCACCUCCGCCUUGCUAGGCUCGACUGUCGCAGGAUCUCUCGUCGCCCUUGUCCUCUACGGCAUCUACGCCGCAACCCACACUCGUUACAUCGCCUCGGAACCGUACACCCGCCUCGCCCUCCGCGUCAAGACUGUCCUGUGGGCAGUCUUUGCGCUUCUCACGGCCUACUCGGCCCUCGUAUUCUGCGACGUUGUGCACUGGACGACAACCCUCAAACGCUCACCGGACGACAUUCUCCACGGCUGGCCCGUCGAUUGGCUUCUUCCCCUCUUUGCAGGAUUCGUAGCGCUGCCAGUCCAGGCGGUUCUGGCAGUGCGAGCCGCUGCGGGCAUUGAGGAGCGCAAGAGUCGCAAGAUGUUCGUGUUCGCGAUGGCGCUUUGGAUCCUUGUCGCUUUCGCCGCGUCUAUCGCAACGACCGUCGCAGGUUUCACAGCUCGCGACACCGCUAGUCUCAAGAUCAACCCUCGCGAGCACGACAUCGUCACGGCCGUCUGGCUCUGGUCGACCACCGUCGUCAACCUCGCCUUGACUAUCUCUCUCGCACUCACGCUCAGUCAACGCCGUACUGCUUACGACGAGACGACUACAUCACGCAUCAAGGCCUCUAUAUCGGCUUUGAUGCAUACGGCGAGCAUUACCGCGGUGCUGGCAUUCGCUGGAGCUCUCUCCGUCACUGUCGUCGUGACCGAGCACGCCAUGUGGUCCUUGAUCGACUGGGCCUUCUGGCUUCCCCUUCCGGCUUGCUACGGCAUCAGCCUGUACACUACUCAACCUACCCGCCGCCCUGCCGAACAGCCCUACCGCUCCGCCAUCCCGCUCCCGACGAACCACCACAACACGCACCUCCAGACAAAGGAAAUGCCCGCUCUCCCGUCCGACUCGGUGACCGUCAUGGUCCCUCCUUCCUACGCCGCCGUCACCGCAGGCGAGGCGUCCGCUUCGUCGCUCGUCUCGCCCGAGAAGACGGCCUCCGCUCACUCGACGCCCAACACUUCGCCGACCAAGAAGCCGUCUCGCUCCUCCGCCUUGUACGACCGCAUCGAGCCGUGGGAGCGUCGCGCAAGUAUCGACAACCCUCCCGUUCCGAUGCCGCUCGGCUACUCGCCCUCACUCCAGGCAGGCUCGAGGCGGGCUUCGAGUCUGGAUAUCCCGAUCCGUGCACCGUCGAGGCUGAGGGGCAGCAGCAUCUCGGACGUUGAGACGGUCGACGAGAGCGAGAAGGAGUACGGGACGGACGGGGAGGUUGAGGAGAAGCAGGAAAAGCGGGAGGCUGAGGAGGAGCGGGAGCGGGCUAGGACGGACAGCGCUCUGCGGUCAAGCGACGGCUUCGAGCACCACUAG